AUGUCUGUUCCAAGCCAACACCGUUCUAUUAUUAUUAACCCUCCUCCACCAGAAUAUAUAAAUAACAAAAAUAGUGGUUGUCAAACAAACCAACUUCAGUACUUACAGAGGGUGGUCAUGAAAGCCAUGUGGAGACACAACUUCUCCUGGCCGUUUCAUCAGCCUGUAGAUGCAGCAGCACUGAAUCUUCCUGAUUAUUACAGUAUUAUAAAGAAACCUAUGGACUUGAGCACUAUUAAAAAGCGUCUGGAACACAAUUACUACACAAAAGCUGCAGAAUGUAUUGAAGACUUUAAAACAAUGUUCUUGAACUGCUACAUAUAUAACAAGCCAGGUGAUGACAUUGUGUUUAUGGCCCAAGACCUAGAAAAAGUGUUUAUGCAGAAAAUAGCCCAAAUGCCACCAGAAGAAAGACUAGUUGUUCUCAACAAAGGAAAGAGAAAAGGAAAGAAGCCAGAAGAAACACAGCAGCCCAACCCUGGGACUUCACAUGAACAAAGCACAAUGCAGAAACAAGCUGAAAGCAGUGAGCAGCCUCCACUGGUGACUCAAGAGCUACAUCAGGUUACACUAGCUCCUUUGUCUGCAGCUCAGCUGACUGCUUUAAUGCCAACUGCAGUCCCUAUAACAAAAGCAAAAAAAGGUGUGAAAAGGAAGGCUGACACUACAACUCCUACUACUUCAAUAUUCACAGCAAGUGGUGAAUCUUCUGCAACAUUUAAUGAAAGAAAAGAUGUUAAAGCAUGCAGAGGUGAAAAUGAAUGUAUGAUAUCAAAUAAGCUUCUGAAGAGAAACUUGCCAGAUUCUCUACAGUCACCUGAAAUUCUUAAAAAGAUUCAGUUGUCAGAACAACUAAACCAUUGUAAUGAAAUACUUAAAGAAAUGUUUUCAAAGAAACAUGCAGCAUAUGCGUGGCCUUUCUUAAAACCUGUAGAUGUUGCAUCUUUCUCGCUUAGUGAGAACCAAGGGAUCACCAAAUGUCCUACAGACCUGGGAACGAUUAAAAAGAAAAUGGAUAAUUUUGAAUAUAGAGAUAUACAAGAAUUUGCUACGGAUGUUAGAUUAAUGUUCAUGAGCUGCUACAAACAUAAUUCUCCAGACCAUAAAAUAGUUGCUAUGGCAAGAAAACUUCAGGAUGUUUUUGAGAUGCACUUUGCCAAAAUUCCUGAUGAACCUGUUGCAAGUGUUCCUCUGCCACAGCCUACAAGAGAAAUGACAGAAGCUUAUUCCAGUGAAAGCAGUAAUGAUGACUCUUCAGAAGAAAAAUCAUCUGAAGACUCUGAAGAGGAGAGAACAGUGCACCUUGCAAAGCUUCAGGAGCAACUUAAAGCUGUUCACCAGCAGUUGCGGGCUUUGACUAGAGCAUACUUACCUAGACUGAAAAAGAAAAAAGGGAAGGCUAAAAGAGAGAAAAGUAAGAACAAGGAAAAAGCCAAAAUAAAAAGCCUGAUUCAAAAGAAGAAAAAUCUGAAACACAAGAAAUCUAAGAAAAAGCUGUCUUUAAACAUUCAAUCAAAGAAAACCAUGCAGCAGGUCUUGUUGGCGCAUAAGUCAGAAGAUGAAGAUGGUGCCAAGCCUAUGAAUUACGAUGAAAAAAGACAGUUGAGUUUGGACAUAAAUAAACUUCCUGGAGAUAAGCUUGGGAAAGUAGUCCAUAUAAUACAGUCAAGAGAACCUUCACUGAGGAACUCUAACCCUGAUGAGAUAGAAAUAGACUUUGAAACUUUAAAGGCUUCAACACUCAGAGAACUAGAGAAAUAUGUGGCAACCUGUUUGAGAAAGAGACCAAGAAAGCAGCGGGCUAAAAAAACAACAAAGUCAAAAGAACAGCUUAAUUCUGAAAGGAAACAAGAGCUAGAGAAGAGACUACUGGAUGUCAAUGGUCAACUAAACCCAAAGAAGGAGAACCUCAAGUUUGAAAACAAUGCCGAGUCCAGUAUUGGACCAAGCAGACUGAGUGACAGCAGCGAUAGCAGCAGCUCCUUGGACUCUGGCAGCAGUACUAGCAGUGGUUCUAGCUCCUCAGACAGCAGCGACUCUGAAUCGGGUAUAAUCUCAGCUGUAUCUGCUCUGCAUGGUGCUUCAGACCAGCAAACACCCCGGAGUACUCCAAGGACAAAUCAGUCUUCUGUCACCCAGUGCACACAUGCUCUUCCAGAGGUAUCCAACACAACUUCCCAGGUUGACAGAGCUGAUUGGAGUAAACAAGCUGAGAAAACAAUACCUCUAAACAAAUCAAAUAAACUUCAAAACAAGGCCAGUGAGAGAAUUGCAGAUUCAAUAUCCAUAAGUCAAGAACAAAGUCAUCGUAUGCCUAAUGAUAAACCUAAUGGUAAAAACAUGCUAGAGCUAAAAUCCAAAAUUCUUCCAAGAAAGGAUACAGGAUUUAAGAAUAUAGUUUCCUGGGUAAGCUUAUGUAAAACGAUGAUGCUUCCAGCUCCGAUAAAAACAUCUGCUGAGAGCUUCAAACAGUUCAGGAAAGCAGCAUUAAAGAAGAGGAGUGGGCAAGCACAGGACUUAAAAAGGGGCCAUGAAGGCACGGGAUUGGAUGCCAUGGCAGUGAUAGACUGCGAGCCCCCAAAAGACCAAAAGAGUAAACAACUGCCCGAAGCUCAACGACACACUCUUAUUCAAGACCGUAACUUGGCUAGAAAAAUGGAACAAGAACGCAGGAGGCGAGAAGCAAUGGCUUGUACAAUUGAUAUGAAUCUGCAGAGUGAUAUUAUGGCAUCUUUUGAAGAAUAUCUUGAGUGA